CUUUGUUUAACAACAAUCGAGCAACGAAACUGCGAUUCCCACGUGUUAACUCUAUGAUCUGUGAGAAAUAUUAGUGCGUGAUUUGUUAAGUGCAUAAGAAGUUGACAAAAUGGAGGAAAGUACUGUUAUUUCGGUACAAUUUAAAAAUGAGGCUGGUGAAGCAACAGGUGCUCCACUUGAUUUGCCAGUUAAUACUGAUGUUGGCAAAUUAACAAUGAUUUGCAAUUCUCUUCUUCAAAAAGAAACACCAGUUCCAUUUUUAUUUUUUGUAAAUGAUAUACAAAUUAGAGACUCUCUUCAUACUACUGUAGAUAAAAAAACUAUUGAAGGUGAAAAUAUUUUGGAAAUUGUGUAUGCUGAACAGUCUGUAUUUCGAGUUCGACCUGUGACUCGUUGCACAAGUUCUUUACCUGGCCAUGCAGAAGCUGUUAUUUCUGCCUCAUUUAGUCCUGAUGGUAGAUAUCUUGCUAGUGGCUCUGGUGAUACAACUGUUCGAUUAUGGGAUGUAAAUACAGAAACUCCUCAGUACACUUGCAAAGGCCAUAGACAUUGGGUGUUAUGUAUUGCAUGGUCACCUAAUGGGAUGAAAUUAGCUUCAGGAUGCAAAAAUUGUCAGAUUUUUAUCUGGGAUCCUGUGUCAGGCAAACAAUUAGGACGAACUCUUACUGGUCACAAAGGCUGGAUAACUUCUAUUUGCUGGGAGCCCUUGCAUUUAAAUGCUGAGUGUAGACGCAUAGCAAGUGCCUCCAAGGACUGUACAGUUAAAAUAUGGGAUAUCAUAAUGGGCCAGCUUUUGUAUACACUUUCUUCACAUACUGCAUCAGUCACUUGUGUGAAAUGGGGAGGUAGUGGGCUCAUUUACUCUUCUUCGCAAGAUCGAACAAUUAAAGUGUUUAGAGCAAGUGAUGGUGUUCUGUGUAGAACUCUUCAAGGUCAUGGUCAUUGGGUUAAUACUCUAGCUUUAAAUUCAGACUAUGUAUUAAGAACAGGCCCUUUUGAUCCUCGUCAAGCAGAUCUUGUUUACCGAGAAGUAACUGAAACUCCGAAACAGUUAUCAGAAAUGGCUUUGAAGCGUUAUACUGCAGCCAUGAAUGGACAGCAAGAACUUAUGGUUUCAGGAUCAGAUGAUUUUACUAUGUAUCUCUGGAGUCCAGAAAUUGAUAAGAAACCUAUCAAUCGAAUGACGGGUCAUCAUAAUUUAAUAAAUGAUGUAAAAUUUUCACCUGAUAUGAGAUUAAUUGCAAGUGCAUCUUUUGACAAAUCAAUAAAAAUCUGGAUUGGAAGAAGUGGCAAAUUUUUAGCUACUUUACAUGGCCAUGUACAAGCUGUUUACCAGAUUUCAUGGUCUGCAGAUAGUAGGCUUAUAGUCAGUGGUAGUGCUGAUUCAACUCUUAAAGUAUGGGACAUGAAAACCUGCAAGAUCAUGAUGGACUUGCCUGGCCAUGCAGAUGAGGUAUAUGCUGUAGAUUGGAGUCCUGAUGGGCAGAGAGUUGUAAGCGGAGGUAAAGAUAAAGUAAUUAAGAUGUUUAGCGAUGCAAAACCUUCGUCCUGUGCUGAGACCGUCUUCAAUUCCCUUCCAUCCCGCACGAGCGUCUUAAACAAAGGUGCGCUGUCACAAAAGGGUUAAGGCAUUAAAUAAUUCCUUUUCCAAUUCUUAUUUUGCCUCAGAAUGAUUAAUUUUUGUAUUAAAUAUUUUUCUUGUGAUCAGUUAUGGAUGUUAUUGUUAUUUUCAUUUUUUGGUAAUUUUGUGUGCAUAUUAUAAUUACUUGCUUUUUUUC